ACUCACCAAAACUAAUUCUCAAAACAGAGCAUAAACUAAACAAUGGAAGAACCUCCUUACGAUCUCAUAAUCUUAGGAGCCACUGGUUUCACAGGCAAGUACGUUGUCCGUGAAGCUCUCAAAUUCCUCAACUCUUCCCCUUUCAAAUCUCUGGCUCUCGCCGGUCGAAACAUGACCAAACUGACCGAAUCCCUCAAAUGGGCAGCUCAUCCCCUGCCUCCGCCGCCAAUUCCGCUCCUAAUCGCCGAUGUCACAGACUCACAGUCCAUCCACCGCCUCUGCACCCAAACGAAGCUGAUUCUGAACUGCAUCGGGCCGUUCCGCCGAUACGGCGAGCCGGUGGUUGCGGCGUGCGUGGAAACAGGGUGCGAUUACUUGGACAUAUGUGGGGAGCCAGAGUUCAUGGAGAGAAUGGAGGCAGAGUACGAUAAGAGGGCGGUUGAGAGUGGGAGUUUAGUGGUUUCGGGAUGUGGGUUUGAUUCGGUUCCAGCUGAAUUGGGUUUGAUUUACAAUUCGAGGCAAUGGGUUGGGAAAUCAGCGCCGAGUUGGGUGGAAGCGUAUAUGAAUGUGGAGUCGAAAAAAGGAAUGGUUUGCAACUUUGGGACUUUUGAAUCCGCCGUUUUGGGUGUGGCUAAUGCCGACCAGUUGCGCCAAUUCCGGCGUUCAAGGCCCCCAAGACGCCGCCCAUUGAUUCCUUAUUGUUCAGCUCCAAAAGAACCAUUAUUAGAGUACAAAAAGGAUGUAGGCCUUUGGUGUGUAAAAAUACCUUCAGCUGAUUCAAGUGUAGUUCAUAGAACACUCUCCACUUUAGCUGAAAAUCCUCAGGGCCUUCCUGGCCAAAACGAAUCUCCCCAAGACAUCGAACAAAGGAAGAAUUUUUGGUCAUCGGUGAAGCCAGCUCGUUUUGCAGUAAAAAUUGGCAAAAAAUCCUUCCUCGGAAUCCUAAGAUUCAUAAUGGUCGGUAUUUUUAUAGGAAUGUUUGCUAAAAAAGCAUUUGGAAGAUGGCUUCUCUUAACAUUCCCAUCCAUAUUUAGCCUUGGAUUAUUGUGCUCGAAAAACAAAGGUCCUUCUGAAGAUGAUAUCAAUAAUUCCUCAUUCAAAAUGUGGUUUGUGGGUCGUGGAUUUGAUAGUAAUUAUGGUGAAAAUUAUCAAGAAGGAUAUAAUAAGGAGAUUGUAACAAGAGUGAUGGGGCCUGAACCUGGGUAUAUAACCACUUCUAUAAUCCUUAUUCAAUGUGCUUUGAUUGUUCUAAACAAACGUGGGGUUCUGCCAAAAGGAGGAGUUUUAACUCCAGCUAUUGUGUUUGCACCAACUGAUCUUCAACAAAGACUCCAACAAAAUGGGAUAUGUUUUGAUGUCAUUUCAAAUAAUGCCAAGUUCUUCAUAUGAUGUUGUCUUUAGAAACAUGUGUAUUGUAACUCUCUGUUGCAUUUGCUUCCUUUUUCAAUUAAUAGAUCAAUAUUUUACACCUU